AUGGCGGGCAUGUUCCUCGGCUCUGAUCCCACUCUUCUUCAGACUUUCUAUGAGCCACUAGGUGUCUGUGUUACAAUCACGCCGUUUAGUUUCCCAUUCAUGACGCCACUCUGGUCCAUUCCAUACGCCCUUAUAACUGGAAAUACAGUGGUUCUCAAGCCAUCAGAAAAGGCCCCUUCCGUAUCAUGCCUCAUGAGCGAAGCGGUGCUCCGCGCCGGACUCCCACCCGGAGUAUUCAAUCUUGUCCACGGAGGCCAUUCAGUUGUUCAGAUGCUUAUCCUGCAGCCUAUGGUCCAAGCAGUUAGCUUCGUUGGCUCGGAGUCAGCAGCAAAACAGGUCCACGAUAUCUCACGCAAAGCUGGAAAGCGGAUCCAAGCGGAGUGUGGAGGAAAAAAUCACGGUGUUAUUCUGGAUGAUGCGAGCAUGAUGCCGACGUUAUUUGCGAUCGCUGGGAGUGCAUUUGGAGCUGCAGGACAGCGAUGCAUGUCUCUAAGUGUUGUUGUGUUCGUUGGUGAAACGCGAGAAUGGAUACCGAAGCUGGUUGAGAUAGCUCAAUCCAUGAUCGUGGGGUAUAGCGGUGAUGAAGAAACCAAAGUUGGCCCGCUUAUUGAUCGGUUCGCGAAGGAGAAAGUCACGGGUUUCAUUGAUCGUGCGGCCGAGGAAGGUGCUACUCUUCUAUGUGAUGGGCGGGAUGCACUCGUUCCUGGUUACCCGGAUGGAAAUUUCGUUGGCCCCACGAUUAUCACGGACGUGGAGACCUAUAUGGAGUGUUAUCAAAGCGAGAUAUAUGGGCCCGUCCUCAUCUGCAUGCAGGUUGACACGCUCGAUGAAGCUAUUGAUUUGAUCAAUCAAAAUAAAUAUGGAAAUGGAUGCUCUUUGUUCACCACCAGUGGCAAGCAUGCAAAGACCUUCCAACGGGGAGUCAAUGUUGGACAGAUUGGAAUCAACAUUCCCUUAAUCGCUCCGUAUGGAACCGCCCUACAUAACAGAAGCUCCCACCUCUCGACAAGGCUAGCAAAGAUGACAGAAACACAUCUCCUGUGGAUGGCUGGUGAAGAGCUCCCAGGUCAAGGUGAAUUAAUCCCUGUACAGGAUCCUGCGACGGGCGAGACCUUUGCCCUAUGCCAUGCAGCGGCUGCGGUUGAUAUCUCCCAAGCAGUAGGAGCCGGCCAUUCAGCUUUCCUGUCGGGCGUCUGGUCCCGUGCAAGUCGCCAUCAUCGUGCCGACGUGCUCGACAAAUGCGCGACUCUUCUUGCAGACGCCCUGCCCCAACUCAUUUCUCUGGAGACGAGACAAACAGGCCGUGUAAUUCGUGAGAUGAAUGCUCAGGUUCCGUCGCUCGUGAAAUGCGGCAAGUUGCACAACUUUGUUGACCGUCGUCCUUUGGGAGUGGUGGUCCAAAUUACCCCCUUCAAUCAUCCUCUACUUAUCGCGGUCAAGAAGCUAGCUCCAGCCCUUGCCGCUGGUAAUAGUGUCAUCAUCAAACCGAGCGAAUUGACUCCCUUGAGCACCCUUCUUCUGGCGAAGAUUCUUCAUCAAGCUGGACUCCCUAAAGGCGUUCUCAGUGUGCUCCCUGGCUAUGGCGCCACGACUGGAAAGACUUUAGUGUCGCAUCCUCUCGUGAGGAAGGUUGACGUCACGGGCGGCACUGGGGCUGGGAAGGCCAUCGGGUCGAUUGUCGGUGGAAACCUUGCAAAAUACACUGCAGAGCUCGGUGGCAAAGCGCCAUUGGUCGUCUUUGAGAAGGCAAAUAUCGACGCUGCGGUGAAUGGUGUUGCAUUUGGAAGCUUUAUUGCAAGUGGACAAACCUGCGUCGCCAGCACGAGAAUUAUAGUGCAGAACUCAAUCAUGAGCCAAGUCGUGGAGAAGUUGAAGAUAAAGGUACAAGGCAUCGCGAGUCGAAUCGGAGCUCCAACGAAUACCGAUUCCAUGAUGGGAUCUCUUAUCUCCGAAAAGCAGCUUAGAAAUGUGGAAAGGCUGGUCAACGGAGCACUGGCGAGUGGGAACGCAAUCAAUAUCUUCGGGGCAACGCGCAUGACCGGAAAGAGUCCACUCGAUGGAUUUGAUUUCGACAGGGGCUCAUUCUACUAUCCAACCGUCCUUCUUUCUAAAGAAGGACAAAGUGUUCUGAAUGACCCUAUCUGGUACGAAGAGGUCUUUGGACCUGUGAUUGUUGUGGUCGGGUUUGAUAUCGAAGAGGAAGCUAUCAAUUUGGCAAAUCGCAGCGAAUUCGGAUUAGGAGCCGGUAUCUGGACUCAAGACCUCUCACAAGCAUUUCGGGUCUCCGAGCAAAUCGACGCCGGAAUUGUGUGGGUAAAUACCCAUCAUCGGAAUGAUCCCAGUAGCCCUUGGGGAGGCUCCAAAUCUGCCAGCGGCGUGGGAAGUGAGAAUGGAAUUGAUGCAUAUCACGCCUACACCACGACGAAGAGCACUAUCAUAAACUUUGCGACCGCGGAAGAGUCUUUGGAAACAGAGGACUGGUUUGCGUCCGCUUCAACGAAUGUCAGAUAUGGAUGA